AUGCUCGCCCUCACUAGCCUCCGUUAUUUCAGAACUGCGAUGGGUAAGCGCGUCUGCAUUGUUGGCUCUGGCAACUGGGGCUCUGCCAUUGCGAAACUUGCCGGUUUGAACGCUGCUACAAAUCCUCUUUUCGAGAAAAAUGUUAACAUGUGGGUCUACGAAGAGAUGGUCGAAGGCCGAAAGCUCACUGAAAUUAUCAACCAAGAUCACGAGAACGUCAAGUACUUGCCCGGUGUCAAGCUUCCAGAAAAUGUCAUCGCCGUCCCAGAGCUCGUCGACGCUGCAAAAGAUGCCGACCUCUUUAUCUUUGUUAUCCCCCAUCAGUUCAUCGCCCGAACCGUUGCAACCAUGAAGGGUCACGUGAAAGAAGGGGCCGCCGCCAUUUCUCUCAUCAAGGGUAUCAACAUUACCGACAGCGGACUUGGCCUCAUCUCUGACGAGAUUCGAGAAGCGUUGGGAAUCGAUGUCUCUGUUCUUAUGGGCGCCAACAUCGCCAACGAAGUAGCCAGAGAUCAGUUCUGCGAGUCGACUGUCGGAGGAUUCGGUGAAAACGCCAAGACCUUCAAGGCUCUUUUCCAGCGACCAACCUUCCGAGUCUCCAUUUCCGAGGAUCCCAAGACUGUUGAGCUUUGCGGUGCUCUGAAGAACAUUGUUGCCUGUGGAGCUGGCUUCUGUGAUGGCCUCGGUCUUGGCGACAACACCAAAGCUGCUAUCAUCCGUCUCGGUUUGAUGGAGAUGAUGGACUUCUGCAAGGUCUUCUUGUCCGAAGGAGAAGUAAAGAACCAAACAUUCAUGGAGUCCUGCGGCGUCGCCGAUCUCAUCACCACUUGCUACGGUGGCCGAAAUCGAAAAGUUUCCGAGGCCUUUGCCAAAACCGGCAAGUCCCUUGAUGAACUUGAGAAAGAAAUGCUCAACGGUCAGAAACUCCAGGGAUGUGUUUUAAAAACAUUAGCUCAAUUGAUAACGUUUUCAAAACGCGUUGAAAAGGGACCCGAAACAGCUCGAGAACUUCAGGGAGUGCUUACGAACAAGAAGAUCUCGCCCGAGCGAUUUCCAUUGUUCACUUCUGUGUUCAAGUGCUGCUACGAAGGCGCACCCGUCGCCGACUUCCUCAAGGCUCUUGAGAACCACCCUGCCCAUGGAAAUUAA